AUUAACAUUGUUUACUAACAUUAUACAUUUUCUAAGAUAUUUCUGAAGAAUACAAAGGAAAUCAUUGCAGAGAACCUGCAUCAAUGCGAAACUGGCUCCUCCACUGCCUGUUACGAUGCCUGCUCUACUGGAGAGACCAAAGCUGUCCAAUGCGAUGGCCAGAGCCCUGCAUAAACAUAUCAUGAAAGAGAGAGAGAAGAAAAGACAAGAAGAUGAAGAAGUGGACAAGAUGAUGGAACAAAAAUUGAAAGAAGAGGAGAAAAGGAAACUAACUAAAGAAAUGGAGGAAUGAAUGUCUUUGGAAGAAACAAAAGAACAGUGAAAUUACAACACUGCCCUCAGCCAGUUACCAGCCCAGCUUAUCUCUGCACUCAGGACAGCAUCUACUCAGAAUACAAGGGCCAUCACUUCCCCAGCCAGCCAGGGUUUCCCCCUGGUUCCUCUGAGCAUGGGCAGUUCUCAAGCAGCACUGCAGUCCAUGAGCCAUUUGCUGUCACCCAGGCCCAGCAUCACACCUCUUACGGACCUGCUGCUUCUGUGCCCAUCAGUUUCGCAGGCACCACCCAGAUAAGAGGGGCAUCACCAUUCCAGAGCAUGCCAUUCCUGCCUCAGGGUUAUGCUGUCCACAGCCAUUUCACCACCCAGCCAGGAUUCAUCCCUAGUGCUAGUAUCUCCCUUCAGAAACAGCUUGAACAUGCUAAUCAGCGGUCUGGCUUUACUGACUCGAUGGUUGUGGCUGGGUAG